GCAGACCAUCCAAGAGCACAGCGGAGCAGCUUCGGAGUGCGGGUCGGAGAGCCCAGAACAGGACCUAGAGUAGGCUUAGCUUAACCCUCCCUCUCCUCGCUUCUCUCUUCUUCCUCCUCCGCUAUAGGUCUCUUUAUUUAAGAGACAAAACAAGCCACUUUUGACCAAUACAAACAGACUACUACUAUAGCACCAUGGCUUCCGCAAGCAGCAAGAAGAACCCUGGAGUCCUGGAUCACAUUGGAAAGAUUUUUGGAGGGGACAAAAAGAAGAAGAGCAAGGGAUCUUUCCGAGGCGCUCUGUCCCCAGCCCCUCAGAAAGCCACAUCCUCCCAGAAGAAGAAGGGCGCAGACAGUGCUGUGGUCACAUUCCUCCGUAGCAUUGUAUCCCCCGCCCCUCCCAAGUCUAGGAAGUCACACCCAAAACCCAAGAAGGCCGCUGCAGGGGACGGCAAAGGGACCCUGACUAGGAUCUUCAAAAUGGGGAGCCGGAGCGCAUCUCCAUCUAAACGCUGAGGCCUCUCCACCCUGUCUGUGCCACCGGGCCCAACCAUACAAAGUGGAACAGAGAAGAAAUUAUCCAAAUGUCACUACCUUUUCUGCACUUACACCCUUCUAUUGAUCUAUAACCUCCUAACUUUGCUCCGUUUUGGCUGGUAGUUAGCGACACAAUCUGUUUCAUGUUAUGCUAAUUCCUCCAUUGUCUCAUUACGCCCUGUAGCCGCUCACAAGUGCAGCCUGAACGACCCCUCUGUGACCCCUGCCAUGGCUCUCUCAAUAUCUCCGUCUUUACUUUCUUGUAAAUGUGGGAUUUUUCUAACAUAGCCUGGCUCAGUGGAUAAGUGCUUGGAGAAUUUGAAGGUUAAAAGGCCGGUUACAAGCUACGCAACUUGACCGUCAUGCCUAUUGUAAGUGUGAAGAAAUGUCCAGUGCAUUUCUCUGAGCAAAGAGUGGUUUUAAGUCUUGUCUGGUGUCUGUGUCUAGAUAUAUAUAUAUAAUUUUUCCUGAAUAUUUCUGGCUAACAAUUUUACAAAGCAGAGAGAGCCAUUAUAGUCAAUAUCCCUUUGUAAUUAGUUAAGUGUCUUUGUCUUUCUAUGUAGUUGGUGUUGUUAGGGCGUUGAGUCUUGAGUGGGUUUGUCUAAAAUUUCUAAAUUAAUUUUGGGAAACAUAAAAAAAAAAAAAAAAAAAUCUUUCCAAAAAAUUGAUUUAUCAUCUGGAUAAAACACUAAUAUUAUUGUACAUAUCCUGUCCCGACAUGGUACUCCUAAAUGUUUUAUAUAAUUAAUUGUAUGUUCAGUAUCUUCAUUGUUUGGCUACUAUGCAAAAAGAUUUUUACCAAAGUGCGAAUUUCCUAUAAAGGAUUUUUCAAACACAUUUUCAACAUGGUGCUCUAUGUAACUAACUAUAUUUGAUAAAGUAUUUUUUGUCCAAUGAGGAAGUUGAAAUACUGAAAUGUUUAUACAAUUUAAGUACCGUUACUACUAUGUACUGUACUUUUCAAAAUGCGUAUGUGAUCUGUGUCUCUCUCAUGUCCGUGUGUGCUUGAGCUGUGCUGUUUUUCAAAAUGAAUGAAUGUAAAUCCAUCCUUUCCUGUCAUUCUAAGUGUAAUAAACAUGACCAGCCACUUAACGGAUAAUAAAAAAAUUAAAAUUAUAAAACCUUCUCAA